UUUCGAUUGAACAGGUACGUCCCGGAGGGCAACAUGACGAGCUGCACCAUCGACUACCUGACCAAGGCUUUGUGGUCGGCGUCGUACGUGGUCGCGUACGCGGGCGGCGUCUACUGGACGCCGCUCUUCAUCAACAUCUACUGCUACUCCAAGAUCGUGCGCGCUGUCGCCCAACACGAGAAGCAGCUCAGGCUGCAGGCGCGCAAAAUGAACGUCGCCUCGCUCAGGGCCAACGCCGAACAGACGAAGACCAGCGCCGAGGCCAGACUUGCCAAGAUUGCCCUGAUGACGGUCGGCCUCUGGUUCAUGGCGUGGACGCCAUACUUGACGAUCGCCUGGGCCGGCAUCUUCAGCGACGGCUCCAAGCUCACACCGCUUGCAACCAUCUGGGGGUCGGUGUUCGCCAAGGCCAACGCCUGCUACAAUCCCAUCGUGUACGGCAUCAGCCAUCCCAAGUACCGGGCAGCCCUGGCGCGCCGUUUCCCGUCGCUGGUCUGCAUGCCUCCGGGAGGCGACCAGCUAGACACCAGGUCUGAAGCCUCGGGCAUCACCACCAUCGAAGACAAGGUCAUGACUACGGAAACCUAA